AGCCCGGAAGCGGUGUGGAGAGCGCGGUGAGGGUUGUGCCUCUGGUUCCAAAUCGCCACAGCUUUUUGUCACCCGGCUUAAAUUCGGUGUUCAAACCGGCUCUGACAGGAUCCUGAGAUCCCUACCCAUCCCCAUAUCUCAUCUCCAGCUGCCAAUCACUGCAGACUCCGAACCCAGGACCGGACAGAGUUUGCCGCCUGCCGCUCGGUCGCCCCCGGGACAGGUCAGGGUGCCGGCGAGGGUUUCGCGCGGCCUUGUGGCCUCUUCCUUCCCACCCGUCCUCCCGGCUCCUUCGUCAGUCCAACCAUGGCACAGAAACCCAAGAUAGACCCCCACGUCGGGCGGCUAGGGUACCUGCAGGCGCUGGUCACUGAAUUCCAGGAGACGGAGAGCCAAGACGCCAAGGAGCAGGUCCUCGCCAACCUUGCCAACUUCGCCUAUGACCCGGGCAACUACCAGUAUCUGCGGCAGCUGCAAGUGCUAGACCUAUUCCUCGACUCGCUGUCAGAAGAGAAUGAAACUCUAGUGAAGUUUGCUAUUGAGCAGCAGCGUACUCCAUAGCUGGCCCAUGAGCCUCCAGCCGAUCCUCCUGUCUCAACCUCCCAGUCUCUCCUAAGAGUACUGGGAUUACAGGUGAUCAACACUGCAUCUGAAUUUUUUUUAGGUAGGUUCCUGGUAUUGAAUUCAAGUUGUCAAGUUUGAAUGGCAAGCUCUUUUAACCACUGAGCCAUCUCCUCUCCCCAAUGAUAGAAUUUUUGGCUUUUUCGAGACAGGAUUUCUCUGUGUAGUUUUGGUGCCUGUCCUGGAACUCACUCUAGCCCAGGCUGGCCUCGAACUCACAGAGGUCUGCCUGGCUCUGCCUCCCGAGUGCUGGAAUUAAAGUCGUGCGCCACCACUUCCCGGCUCAAUGAUAGAUAUUUAUUACUGUGUGCUACAUAAGGAAAGUACUGCUCCAAGUUCUGGAGAGAUGGUGAACAGGUUGGGGAAAGUCUUUGCCCUAAAGGAGUUUGUUUUCUAGAAGGGGAGCAAGGUGGUGGACAAGCAAGCAAGAUGGAAAUAAACAGCAUGAUUGGUGUAGCAACAGGAGGCAGCACUACUUCAGUUUUAGCCUUCAUGGAUGCAGUGUGGACAAAGGCCCUAAGCAGGAAGUUGUUAGAGGGGACGUUUUUUUUUUUUUUUUUUUUUUGGUUUUUCGAGACAGGGUUUCUCUGUGUAGCUUUGCGCCUUUCCUGGGACUCACUUGGUAGCCCAGGCUGGCCUCGAACUCACAGAGAUCCUCCUGCCUCUGCCUCCCGAGUGCUGGGAUUAAAGGCGUGCGCCACCACCGCCCGGCUAGAGGGGACGUUUUUUAAGUGAAGAGGAGGAUGGGAUAGAGUGAAGUUAGACUGAUUAACACGGGGGCUUUAGAUCUGGGUCAUGGGAAGAAGUUUAGAAUUUAAGAAAAACAAAAAUUCUUCCAGCACAUACUUUUUGUUUGUUUGUUUUCAAGACAGGGUUUCUCUAUGUAACACCCCUGGCUGUCCUGGAACUCGCUUUGUUCCAGGACAAGCGAAGUUUUGUUCUAACUCAUGGAGAUCCACCUGCCUCCUGAGACUGGGACUAAAGGCAUGCGCCACCAUUGCCUGGCAAGCAACUUAAAAAAUAACAUUUCCCCAAAAAAAAAGAUAAUAAUAACAUUUCCAGGCUGGAGAGAUGGCUCAGCAGUUAAGAGCACUGGCUGUUCUCCCAGAGGUCCUGAGUUCAAUUCCCACCAACCUACAGAGCAAGAUCUGGUGCCCUCUUCUGGCCUGCAGACAGAACACUGUAUGCAUAAUAAAUAAAUACAUCUUUAAAAAAAAAUAAUAGCAUUUCCCCAUGCAAUAUGAAAGGAACCCUGCAUACACUGGGAAAGAAACCCUUAGUAGGAAUAUCUUCAGGCCUGGAAUGUGUUCAGUGAUGGAGCACCAGUAUAAUGGUGUCUGUACCCACAUGCCUGAGACUCUGUUAGUCAAUCCUCAGCAUUGGAAGAAGAUAAUUCCAAAAUUGUUUAGUAUUUAAUUAUGUACAUUUCUCUAACAAUACUCUAAAUAACUUUUUUACUUAUGGGAGAGGGCAGGGCAUGUGCCAGGUCAAAGGACAAUUUUGUGAUUGUUUUUUUUUGAGACGAGAUCUCACUAUGUAGCCCUGGUUGGCCCAAAACUUGACUGCCUCGUGGAUGCUGGGAUUAAAGGUGAACCACCAUCCCUGGCUUUCAGAGAACAGUUUGUAGAGUCAGUUCCUCUACCAUGUGAGUCCUAGGGAUGGAAUUCCGGUCAUGAAGCUUGGUGGCAAGUGCUUUACCCACUGAGCCAUCUUGCAAGCCUAAAAGGACAUUUUUUGUUGGUGGUGGUUUGUGUAAACGAGGGUCCAGCUUGGGCCCUGUACAUUUUGUCUGACUGUGUCCUUAGAGAGAUCUCUUUCUCUCCCAGAUAAACUUCAUUUUAGAACAGGUUGAGGAAACUUGAAGAGGCUGGGGUAUAGCUCAGUUGGUAGAGUGUGUGGUGGCCGCUGCUCCUGAGCCCAGCACUCAGGAGAUGGAGACAGGUGAAUGAGGAACUCUAGCACAUCUCCAGCCGCAUAGCAAGUCCAAGCCUGAGCCCCUCAAGAUUCUUUCUCAGCAAAGAAGAAAGAAUUCCAAAUAUAAAAAUUCCCACAUAGCCACACCCACUUUUUCCUAUCUUAACUUCCUCCAUUGUAUGGUUUGUUUGCUAUAAUUAAUGAGCUGAUAUUGAUACAUCAUGACUAGCCAAAGUCUUUAUAUUAAUCAAAUAUUCUUCAUUUUUUCCUAAUACCCUUUUCUGGCCCAAGAUCCCACAUGGCAUACAUGACUUGAUCAUGUCUUACUUGGGGCGGGGGUGGUGGUGUUUUCUGAGACAGGGUCUCACUGUGUAGCUCUGGCUGGCCUGGAACUCCCUAUGUAGAUCACCCUGCCUUUGCCUACCUAGUGCUGGGAUUAAAGACUUGUGCCACCAUGCCUAGCAUGAUGUUUUUCUUGUGUUUUCCUAUGAAAGGAAGGUGCUGUUUCUACCAUAUCAUGUUAGGAGCAUUUAGUGCCAGUAUCGAUCUCCUGAUACUACCUUCAUGGCCUGGCUGAGGGAAUGUUUGCCCAGACAUCUCUAGUGUGGAACUGCUUCCUUCACCCUUUCCACGGUGCACUCUUGGAAGGGAGUUAGUAUAUAGAUUACCUUCAGUCUCUUUUCUAAAAUCCUUUCCAUAUCUUUCACAUUUAUUUAAUGUGUCUCUGUGUUUGUGUGUAUCAGGAUGGGAAUGUGGAGGUCCAGGGACAACAUGCAGGAGUCAGUUCUCUCCUUCCACCUUGUGAGAUCAAGGGAUGAAGCUCAGGAUGUCAGGCGUGGCAGCAAGUGCCCUUCAAUCUCUCUUAUAUCUGUAUGUUUGGGCGAGUCUUCACCAGCGGAGAUGGAAACAGUAUCUGUGCCUUCUGUAGAGCACAGCAGCAACCAAAAUACAACUUGGGCAGCCACUGCUUACAGAAUGGGGUGACCCCGUGGCAGCUGUGCCACCAAAUAGACUUGCCCCAGCACAGGAUGACUUCGCCAUAGAUGGAGUCCCUACCCCCUCAGGAGCUUCCCACCAUCUAUAAACUGUAGCACCUCCAAGGCCCCAGCGGUUAGGGCACAGUCACAGCGACUGAGAGGUAUAGGAAGGAGCCCCUAGAAUCUUGAGUGAGGGCCUAAUGGCUCUCCCUGUCCCCUUCUGAGGGAGCAUCAGUAGUCAGCAAGUACAGCGGGAGUGUCUCCUGUAAAUAGUCACAGUUGUACUGAUGAAAUGACAGCUGUCGGUCAUGUGCAGUGCCACGUGCCUUUAAUCUCAGCACUUAGAAGGCAAAAAGAAAAUGGCAGCAUGCUUCAUGUUUGGAGGGUAGCGAUUACAAUUCCUCAAAAGAUGCUCUUUCCGUAAUGCUGAUUGUUGAAUGGUCUACACCAUGUCUAUAAGGUGGCCCACCUUCCUGUGUGUCUCUUUCCUCUCAAGCAUAUCAUUUAGCUCAGGGCUUCUUAACCUUUUCCCACGCAGAAGCCCUAUUUGCCUGAAAAAAAUGGGGGGCCAGGGGGUGCAGUUCAAGACAGGGUUUCUCCAUGUAGUCCUGGCUGUCCUGGAACUCACUCUGUAGACCAGGCUGACUUCAAACUCAGAUCCGCCUGCCUCUGCCUCCUGAGUGCUGGGACUAAAGGCCUGAACCACCAUCACCUAGCUGUCUUGAGAAGAUUUUUGCAUAUAUAUACAUUACACCAAACAAACAUUACUAUAACAAAUAAAUAUAGCUCUGGCAUUUUAAGGGGGGCGGAAGCAAGAGAAUCAAGAAUUUAGGGUGAUUUUCAGCUAAAUAACUUUGAGGCCAGUAACAAAUGGUAGAUAUAUGUUUAGGGCUGGGAUUAAAGUUGUACACACCAUACCCAACUGGCCAGCUGUUUCAGGAUUCCACAUUCAGUUAUAUAACCUCAUGUGUGGUGGUGACUUACAAUAUAAGAAGGGGUGAUUUAAGUCGGGCAGUUGUGGCGCAAGCCUUCAAUCCCAGCACUCCCGAGGCAAGCAGAUCUCUAUGAGUUUGAGGCCAGCCUGGUCUACAAAGAGAGUUUCAGGACAGCCUGAGCUACACAGAGAAACCCUGUCUUGGAAGAAAAAAGAAGCAGCAGCAGCAGUGAUUUAGCUUGUCCGUCUGUCUCCUUCGUUUCCUGUAACCUAGAAAUUCGAUCUAAUAGCAUAACAAUCCAGUGACACCUUUUAUUCCUGAAUACAUUGGUAUUUAGAGAUACCCAGCAAACAUCUUCUUGAUGUUUGCGAUCCACAGAGCUGGCAUACAGGUCCUCUGUCUCUUUUCACUGUGCGGGAGCUCCAGAGCACACAGAAAUUCCAGUUGUACUUAUCCUCCACAAGCAACCGCUCCAUUAAGUGUGGUGCUGAGGAAAUUCCCCUAGCAGUCAGGACCCAGAAGAGGCCUGUGGAGCUGUAGGCACACUGGGGAUUGAACCUCACGUGCAGGGGGAAUGGUGGCGCUCUAAGUCUGCCUACGGGUCUUCAGAGCACUCCUAUGGGGCCUCUAUAGUUGGGCUAUGGCAGGAGCCCAGUUGUCUAGAUAUUGUUAGUUCAAGCCAGCUCUGUUCUAGAAGAAUGUUAUACUAGAUAAAUAGUCUAAAAAUUGGCCCCAGACUGCGAGGAAGAAGGAUCAGGAGUUCAAGGUCAGACUCAGCUACAUAGUGAGUUUAAGGCAAGCCUCAGUUUACAAAACUUUGUCUCAAAAGUCUCUAGAAGCUCAUGCAUACCAUUAGUCCCAUUAGUCCCAGCACUCAGGAGGCAGAGGCCAGCUAGGGUGUACAGAGUGAGACUUCAUCUUAAACAAAAAAAACCCUACAAACAACCGUUGGUCUUUAGAUGUGUUCCCAAGUGCCUCCAUAUGCACCUCUGCCUCACUACUGUUGCCUUCUGAAUGGGGACAGUGGCCAUGCUUCCACCUGGGAGCCAUAGAGCUCCUCUAACGUAGACUGCUGACUCCAGAGAAAAGGACCCAAUCACAGAGCAGCCGUUCCUCCAGGUUCAAACAGUGUCUGUCCUGCUGGCUCCUUGCCCCCGUAGGAGGCAGUGUUCUCAGCCCAGGACACAUGAGAUCCUCUACCAACUUGGAGGCUCCAUGGGAGACUUGGGCCUGACCUGGGUCUACUCUCCGGGCAGCUCCACUGAGUGGAUGACUGUGUCCUGUCCCUCCUCAAGAACUGCCAGUGUCAUCUCAUUUCCUUCUUUCCAAGCACUUAGGCCUGGCCAUCUUCACCUGGUCCAAGGCUGCAGUAUGGAGUGCAGCUCCAGCUCUCAGCCUUGAAUCUCUGGGACGCUGUGCAGAUUAGAUUGCUCUUGUAUUUAUUAUAUGCAACAGAAAAGGAGAGUCCCAGUGGGACCUAGAAGAUUCAGUGGUUGUCAUCAUUCCCCUUCCUUGGAAGCCUCUGGCACUGGAGGGAGCACUGCCAAGCACCCACACUACAGCCCGGAGCACUGUGUCCACCUUGGAGCUUCUAGUCUUUGUCCCUGGCGGGAGCUCGAAGAAGGCGAUCUCCCUGAGAAGCAAGCCUGGCUGUGCUUAUCUGCACUUGAAGGAGGCUCAGGUCUUUUGGCCUGAGGAGGAAGAUGGAAGGAGAGGGUUGGAGGCAAAAGAGAUUCUUUCAAAAGGAUGCAGUCCUGUGACUUGAUGCAGAGGCCUUAUGAAGGACUGGUUCUGAAAAAACCAGGCAAGAGAUCAGGGUGUGGUGUCACACACCUUUGAUCCCAGGUAGAAGCAGGCAGAUCUCUAUGAGUUCGAGGCCAGCCUGGUCUACAAAGUGAGUUCCAAGACAGCCAGGCAGGGCUGUUACACAAUGAAACCCUGUCUUGAAAAACCAAAAACAACCCCCCACCCCCCCCACCCCCCAAAAAACAAAACAGGCAAGAGACAAGCUGAGUCAGAUUGCCCAUGGCGAUGUCUCUCAGAACCCAAACCAAUGUCUUUGUUGGCAAGUAGCAAAGUGAGUGUGAUAUGAAGGAGCUGGGCUAGGGGAUCAGACAGCUUGGAUUCAGUUACCAUCUCGUGUGAUUUCCCUUGGUUACCUGUCAGGGGAAUUGUAAGUAGCUACUUGAGGGAAUUAACUGGCCUUUUCAGGUCAUUGCCUGCAACUAUAGAAUCCCCUAGGCCUCCGCCCAUAGACCUGAAUCCAGAUGGCUUUAAAGCUGAUAUCUCUCUUCUCCCAGGUAGGAUAGGACAGUAUCCCAUCAGGGGAACCACCCUUCUGCUCAGGAAUUCUCACCCUCUAGAAAAGUAGGAGCAGUAGGAGUGUGGAUCCUUAGCUUGCCAGCCGAUGCCUAGGCAGUGUUAAGUGAAGAAAGGCAGUCCAGCAUGCUGGUUGUACUCUACCCUGACCACCAGACCAUAGCUGUCAGCUCCUGCAGUUCACUAACGUGCAGUGAGGGAAUGCUGUUCAGUGUGUGUUGUAGAAUAUUAUUUCAAGGUGUGUUACUUUUGUUUGUUGCAUUUGUUUAACUGCGAUGCUGUGUUACUGUGCCUGUCUAAAACACCUGAUGGUCUAAUAAAGAACUGGCCAAUAGCAAGGCAGGAGAAAGGAUAGUUGAGGCUAGCAGGCAGAGAGAACAUAUAUAAAGAGAAAUCUAGGAGGAGAAAGGAGAAGAGAUGGAGGAUUGAAAAGAGGAGCCAGAGAAGGAAGAGGACAUCAGGGGCCAGCCACCCAGCUACACAACCAGCAAUGGAGUGAGAUUGACAGAAGUAAGCAAACGGGAAAAGCCCAGUGGCAAAAGGUAGAUGGGAUAAUCUAAAGUAAAGAAAAGCUGGCUAGAAACUAAAUCACGCUAAGGCCAGGCGUUCAAAAGUAAGAAUACAUCUCCAUGUGUGACUUAUUUGGGAGCUGGGUGGCGGGCUCCCCAAAAGAGUAAAAUACCAAUCAACAAGUGUGGGCCUGCUCUGUCCUUCCCCGGUGUUGUUGCCUCUCACCCUGGAGACACGCUUAUUGUUAGCUAGGAGCUGCAGCAGGACCUUGUUCCAGUGGAACUCAGGCUGGUGGGCUGAGGGACCUCCACCCACAUAAACCUGUGUCCUUGGAAAGAAUUUCAGGAUGAGUCAGAGUGAAGCAAAGUUAGUAGAAAGGAGAUUUUCCACCGUGUAGGUCUAAGUGUGGGUGUCAGAGAGGUGGGUACUUAAGAACAAUAGUACACACCCAAGACGUGGGUGCAGGUGAGAUGAUUUUAUGGUUUUUGAAGUUACAUUGCAUAAAGGGUCGCACAACCAGGUUCAAAGUUUAAGUAAAGCUUAAGGACCAGUUUAAAAAUGAAGUGAAAGGGACCAGUGAGAUCGCUCAUUGGGGAGAGGCUUUUGUUGUCAAACCUGACAACCUUUCAGUCCCCAGGACCCACAUUGUAGGAGAACACUGACUUCCCGAGCCGUCCCCUGACUUGGACACAUGCCUUUCUGCCUCUCUGAGACCAGGAGCCUGAGAUCUGCUGGAGCAUCACUGGUUGCCAUUAUCCCACCAGCUGUGGUGGGGCUCUGAAAGACACAGUAGUCCCUUGCCACCAUAGCCUGGACUGGCUGUCAUUUCCCAGGAAGGGGGAGGUGCUGUUUUCCUGUGCCCAGCAAGUGGGACUAAACCCUUGUAUAUCAGGAAACCUCUCCUCAACAAGGUUGACUCCCACUAGUUGUGAUAACUAGAGUUAUCUAGUAACUGUAACUACUAUUACCCUAAUCUUCAAGGAUCUGAGUUCUGUGUCCAAUGGAACCAGCGGGCAGAGCCCAAGCUCAACUCCAGGGCUUCAUCUUCCCUUGUUUGUUGUGUCUACUCCACUGUGUCUCCUCUGCCACAGUUAGGAGUUCGCUCUGGUGCGAAAGCAUAGGUGGUCCCCAAAGGCCAGGGGCCACAUUUAAUCACAGAGGAACUAACAGCCACCAGGCAGUGGCUUUAGUCACACAAAAGCUGUCCAUGGCUGGUGGUGGCGGCAUACACCUUUAAUCCCAGCACUUAGGAGGCAGAGGCAGGGGGAUCUGAGUUCGAGACCAGCCUGGUCUACAGAGUGAGAUCCAGGAUAGCCAGGCUACACAAAGAAACCCUGUCUCAAAAAAAGAGUUGAGCUGAAGCCCUAGUUAAACACAUCCUGUACAUCUGUCUGUACUAUCCUAGAAGCAACCAGGACAUACAGAGCAACGAGAUGAGUAUCUUGCUUCUAUGAAAACUGAUUGAUUCUUAGGGCCCCACAGGGUUUUAGCAGUUUUGUUGCUAAAGCUAGAAUCAAGAAAUGGCUUCUAGCAGGACUGUGAUGGCACAUGCCUUUAAUCCCAGCUCUUUAAUCCAGAGGCGGAGGCAGGUGGAUCUCUGUGAGUUAGAAACCAGUCUGAUCAGAGUUGCAGGACUUGAAACCACACCCCCACCCCUCACCCCACAUCCCCACUCCACACCCCCAAAAAAGCGACCUCUGAGAAUUCAGGUUAAAUUGUCUUCCUAUAUCUUGCAAUACAUAACGAUGCCACCAGGUGGUGGUAGUGCUCAAAGGCUAAGUCUCCAGCUUCUUUGGAAAGCAACAGUGUAUUUCUCUUGAUUUAAUUAGAUGUCUUUGGCAUUUGAAAGAGUUGUCUUUUUCUUUUCAAGUAAAGUACAAUCGGAGUAUAGUAGCAUGCACGCACAGUCCCAGCUACUUGGGAGUCCUGGGCCAGAAGAUCUCCUGAGCCCUCUAGUUUGAGACCAAGCAGGCUUGUUCUAGGCAUAAGCAGUUGUAUGUAUCUUAUUUAUGCGACACACAACUGGCCAGCAUGGUAUAGAAUUUACAGAAUUCAAGAGUGAAAUCCCAACAUGGUGGUACACAACUGUAAUCCCAUGACUGGGAGACAAAGGCAGGAAGAUCUCCAGAAGUUCACUGCUAGCCUAGUCUACAUGGAGAGUUCCAGGCCCUCCAGGGCUACAUAGGAUGCCUUGUCAUGUGCAUGCAUGUAUACAUCAUAGUGUACCACCUUUUCUUUCCUUUUUUUGUUCGUUUGUUUGCUGUUUGUUUGUUUUUAGAUAACGUCUUACUAUGUAGUACUAGCAGGCCUACAACAUGCUAUGUAGACUGGGCUAGCCUCAAACUCACAGAGAUGCCUGCCUCUUCUUCCCAGGUGCUGAGAUUAAGGGUGUGUGUCACCAGGCCGUCCCCCCUUUCUGUGGUUGUUGCUACUGUGCUAGGGUGUGGACUCCAAGGCCUCCUGUGUGCCUGCCAGGCACUCCACUCUGCUCUAUGGUUUCCAGCCCCUUUGGUAAUGCUUCCUACAGCUAGCUUCUAGUAUAUUCUCCAGAGAUAUUUUCUGGAUUUAUAAAUCCAUAUGUAAGUAUCUAUGUAUAAUUUUUGUAUAAUCUAUGCAUGAGGUAGCCUGUAUCUAUGUAUGUAUGCUUGUGUUAUUGUUUAAGACAGAGUCAAACUCAAUAACGCAAGAUAGCUUGCAAUUCACUGUGUAGUCCAGGCUGUCCUUGAACUUGGGGCAAUAUCCUGCUUCAGCCUCCCAAAUACUGGAAUUGUAAGUGUGAGCCACCACACCCUACUUUAGAUUUGUUUUAAAUAUAGUUAUAUAUCUUGGUAUAUAUUCUUGACCUGCAAUAUCUUGCCAGUCUGACCAAUAUAAUGAAAAAAAAAAAGCAAUGUCAUACACCAAGAGUGGUUAUACACACCUAUAAUUCUAGCACUUGAGUGACAGAGUCAAGAGGACCAUGAGUUCAGGAACAGUAUGGGCUACACCAUGAGACCCUAUCUAUUUAAAAGAAGGGAAGGAAGGAAGAAAAGAAAACUAAUAUCACAAGGUACUUUCAGAGAAGCCUCGCCCCACUUCUGUCCUCAUACCGAUUCCUGUCUCCUACAGCCAGCCGGUUUCCGUGUUGUUUCAUGGAUGUGAACAUAUACAGGCAUGUGUAUUUUCCUUUCUCUUACAGGUGCUGAAGUAAAGCCCUAGAACAGACUGGUCCCCAGUGAA